AUGGAUCCUUCUAAUAAAACAAUGGUUGAGAUCCCACAAGAAACGAAUUUCUGGAUAGUGUUUCUAUCAUAUUGUAUUUCUGUCUUGGGAAUGAUUACAACUUUGGAAUUACUAGGAAAACGAUCUUCACAAAGUGGUUCAAAGAAUUGGUUGCGACUAAUUGGCGCUGCGUUUAGUAAUGGUUUUGUUGGUAUAUGGGGAAUGCAUUUUAUUGGAAUGAGAGCAUGUGUACUAAGUGGUGGAAGACGAUUACGUUAUAAUCUUUGGUACACGCUUUUAUCAUUAUUCAUUCCUAUCGGGGUCUUAAGCCUCGCUUUCUAUUCUAUUGGUGCCCAACCACAAGUUGACUUGACACGAAUUUUAAUAGGAGGAACGCUGGCUGGUGCUA